AAUUGUAGGAAGUAUGGCAAAAAUGAUUAAUGAACGGGCUUCAACCAGUGCAGAUGUUCCACCAACUCCUGAAUCGACUACGGUAGCGACACAUGUGCAGCAACUAGCGGACAAUAUGUAUGAAAAAGUUGCGGCUUAUCUUCAAGGACAGAUCGAAGGUACCAUUGCGGAAUAUAAGUUGUUGAAGAACAUGAAUAAUGCUACAAGUCAACGUUAUGAUGACAUGAUGCAAGUGGCUAGUGGUGUUGCGGAGAAGCUGUCACAAUUGAAUUCGAAAUAUGAGACGUUACGUCCAUAUUUGCAACAGAUCGAUGAAGUUGAUGAAAAUACAAGAAGACUGGAGGAAGCUGCCAAUGCUUUGGACCGUUACGUGACUGCCCUGGAAACGAAAUUCCGUGAAAUGCAGCGUGAUGGUGGUUCGCCUAACUAAUUCUGUUAGCAUAUUACCGUUAUCUAUAAUCAGUAUUGCCAACGACAGUCUGGUCAUUAUUAUGAAGUUUUUUAUGGCCCAUUUGAUUCUUUCUCAAUUUAAUGUUCGCUGAUAAUAGUAUUUCAUUUUUUAG